UAUAUUUCCAUCCUUGUUUAUAUAGCUCUGUUUUGUGUGGAAGAAGUCGAUUUCCAUGGCGGAAUUGCUCUGUUUUCUCGAAGUGGGUCUCUCUUUUUCGAUCGAAUAAAGGCAACCAAGUUGUCGGCCGGCCGAUUUCUCUGCCUCGAACUUCCAUUGUCGUGGUCCUAAAGUUGCAGAGCAACUUCUCUCUCUCUCUAUCUUUCAAAAAAGAAAAAAGAUUUCAGAGGAGAGAGAAAGAAAAGAAAAGAAAAGAAAAAUCAGAGCAAAGCAACAAAGAAAGGAGGGAAUAGCAAUUCAAAACCUCUUCUUCUUCAAAUUCAAAAAAUCUCAUCCUCUUUUAAAGCUCCUCCUCCGACCAUUUUUCAAAUCCACAGAGUUUUGAGAAUUUUUUGAUGCGAAAAUGGAGAAAUUUCCCAUCUCUGAGGGAAAUUUUCGUCUGGGUUUUCUUCGCCCUUCGUCUUCUUCCGUGGAUCUGAACGAUCAAUCCAUGAUUUCUGAAGCUUCCGGCCAGUCGCCGGCGAGCGGCUACUCUUUCCCCUACUGCAGAACAAGCUCCGACGCCUCUGCUUUCUCCGACCCCACCGACGACAGCAGCUUCUGCACUGAGCCUUCUCCGGCGCCGGCUCCGACCGGGCGGGGGACGAGAAAGUAUAAACUCGCCGGCCAAGACAAGCUCGACGAUCAUGACGCCAUGGAUUCCGAAGUAGAGAUGAUGAAGGAGAGAUUUGCGAAGCUUCUGCUGGGAGAAGACAUGUCAGGGAGUGGAAAAGGGGUGUGUACGGCAGUUACAAUCUCCAACGCCAUUACUAAUCUUUACGCGACGGUGUUUGGUCAGAAUCUGAAGCUGGAGCCGCUGCCGGCGGAGAAGAAGGCGAUGUGGAAGAGAGAGAUGGCUUGUUUGUUGUCUGUUUGUGAUUACAUUGUCGAGUUCUUCACUGAAUCUCAGACUUUGCAAGAUGGAACUGCUCUUGAGGUGAUGAACAGCAGGGCAAGAUCAGACAUAUACAUUAAUCUUCCAGCAUUACAAAAGCUUGACAUGAUGCUCUUGGACAUCUUGGAUCGUUUUCACAACACUGAGUUCUGGUACGCGGAGAAAGGAAGCAUGUCGUCGAACUCGACUCGUUCAAGGUCUGGCUCGUUUCGGGGGCUCCCGCUGGGAAAGGAGGAGAAAUGGUGGCUGCCAGUCCCCUGUGUUCCUUCAUGCGGUCUGUCGGAGAAGUCGCGAAAACAGCUCCGAAAUAGCCGCGAUUGUGCGAGCCAAAUCCACAAAGCUGCCAUGGCAAUCAACAGCACUAUUCUUGCUGAGAUGGAAAUUCCCGAGUCAUACGUCGACACUCUUCCAAAGAGUGGCAAGGCGAGUAUAGGCGAUACUAUAUACCGCUACAUGUAUAGUGCAGACAAGUUCUCGCCCGAACAUCUGCUCGAUUGCCUGCACAUAACAUCGGAACACGAAGCGCUCGAACUUGCAGACCGGAUCGAAGCUUCGAUGUAUACGUGGAGAAGGAAAGCAUGUCUAAGCCACUCAAAAUCUUCAUGGGAAUUGGUAAAAGAUCUAAUGGCUGAAACUGAGAAGGGUGACAAGAACACUAUUUUGGCAGAAAGAGCUGAGACCUUGCUCUUGUCCUUGAAACAAAGGUUCCCUGAACUUUCUCAAACAACCUUAGACACUUCAAAGAUUCAAUACAACAGGGAUGUGGGACAAGCAGUGUUGGAAAGUUACUCAAGAGUAUUGGAAGGUUUGGCAUUCAACCUAGUUGCUUGGAUUGAAGAUGUUCUUUUUGCCGAUAGAUCUUUAAGAAACCAAGACUAGGAACUUUCUAUGAUACCAAGAAAAAAGAAAUAUAGAGUUUAUGAGAUUUAGAAUUGGCUUUUUUCCUUCUUGUUUCAACUUUUAGAAUGUAGAUGAAAGUGAAUAAGAUCUUGCUUCUAAUGCUUAGUUGGGUAGGAAUUUUUUUUUUUUAAAGUUUUUUAUUUGUAUAUGUGGUUAUAAAUUGUAUAAAAAUGUCGUGGUUGAGACAAUGGAUCCUCCAUAUUUGUGAAUUAUCGUUUUUGGACUCUAUUUACGUUUGAAACAAAAAGGUGAAAAAUUUACUAAUGAAAUUGAACAAACACUCAACCCAAA